AUGGUUGCGGACCUUGCGGUGAUAGUUGAUAGCGGACUAGCGGUGGUCGGUGGUGCAGGUGGUUUUGUCAGGGGCGGAGCCACGCCCACCCAAGGGUGGUCAGAUGAACACCCUUCGUCCGAAAAAGUUUCCGAUUUCAAUGAGCUUGAGAAAUAUUUCCGUAAAGUAUCAAAAACAAGUUCGGUGUCUCAAAAUCAAAAUCAACUACAUCGAGAUGACAAUGCGGACCAAAUAGAAAUACCAUCUCACUUUUCUCUGAGACAAAAAUUUGAUGUAAAUAAUCUAAAGGCUGACCCGGCUGAAAGAACUCCAAUUUUGGAUUAUCAUCCAAACAUUCGUGAUGAGAUAAGGAGGGCAUACAUUCAAAAACGUCCUUGCCAAUCUCGGGGUCGUGUGUUCCCUCAAACUGACUUUUUUGGAAUACCAGGUUGUUUUGUUUCUGGAUGGUUUGAUGAAUAUCCUGAUUGGUUGGAGUAUAGUACAAGUGCAAAUGCAGCUUAUUGUUUGCCUUUGCUUCUACUAGUUGCCACUGCGACAGUUGAAAGAGCUUUCUCAGCAAUGAAGUUUAUCAAGAAUGACUUGCGGAAUCGAAUGGACGAUGAAUUCUCACCCACCCUGUUCUAA